CCCCCCUGCGCAAGGCGGGGUGCAGUGCAGUGCAGCUGACUCCGAGGCCAUGUCGACCGUGGUGUUGGUGCGCGAGGAGCGGCCCAGCCGCCUGUCGCAAGAGGAGAUCCUGUCGGGCACGCGCACCGUAAUGCAGGGGCUGGAGGCGCUGCGUGGGGAGCACACGCUGCUGCUGCACACGCUGCUGGAGGCGCUGGCACGUCCGCAACACGCUGCCACGGUGCGUGGGCACAACCACGAUGAGGACGGAGAUGAGGAUGAUGACGUCGUCACCGAGAAGACGCAGCUCGUCAAAAAGAGCCUCGACAUGAUCGACCUGGGGCUUGGGGAGGCGCAGGUGAUGAUGGCGCUGACAAACCACCUGAACUCGAUGGAGUCGGAGAAGCAGAAGCUGCGAGCGCAGGUGCGGCGCCUGUGCCAGGAGAACCAGUGGUUGCGCGACGAGCUGGCGGGCACGCAGCAGAAGCUGCAGCGCAGCGAGCAGGCCGUGGCACAGCUCGAGGAGGAGAAGAAGCACCUGGAGUUCAUGAGCCAGAUGCGCAAAUACGACGAUGACCUCUCUCCCUCGGACGACAAGGACUCCGUGUGCUCACGGGGAACUCUGGACGAGCUCUUCCGUGGGGAGGAGUCCCUCAGCGACCAAGUGCACGUGAGCAGUGCGGCAUCGGUGGGCGCGCUCCAGGCUGGUUACGAGAUCCCGGCGCGGCUCAAGACACUACACAACCUGGUGAUCCAGUACGCAUCGCAGGGCCGCUAUGAGGUGGCCGUACCGCUCUGCAAGCAGGCGCUCGAGGACCUGGAGAAGACGAGCGGCCACGACCACCCGGAUGUGGCCACCAUGCUCAACAUCCUGGCGCUCGUCUACCGGGAUCAGAACAUGUACAAGGAGGCUGCCAAGAUGCUGAACGAUGCCCUCGCCAUCCGGGAAAAAACCCUUGGAAAAGAUCACCCAGCCGUGGCUGCCACUCUCAACAACCUGGCCGUGCUCUAUGGCAAGCGCGGCAAGUACAAGGAGGCCGAGCCGCUCUGCAAGAAGGCCCUGGAGAUCCGCGAGAAGGCGCUGGGUAAGGACCACCCGGACGUGGCAAAGCAGCUGAACAACCUGGCGCUGCUGUGCCAGAAUCAGAGCAAGUAUGGAGAGGUGGAGCACUACUACCAGCGCGCGCUUGACAUCUACGAGGGGCGGCUGGGCCCCGACGACCCCAAUGUGGCCAAGACCAAGAACAACCUGGCAUCCUGCUUCCUGAAGCAGGGAAAGUACAAGGCAGCGGAGGCGCUGUACAAGGAGAUCCUCACUCGGGCUCACGAGCGCGAGUUCGGCGCCAUUAACGGAGAAAACAAACCCAUCUGGAUGCACGCGGAGGAGCGCGAGGAGACCAAGGGCAAGGGCUGGAAUGCCGUGAAGGAAAACGGGUGGUACCGCACCUGCAGCAUCAACAGCCCAACUCUGGCCACGACUUUGAAGAACCUGGGAGCUCUCUACCGGCGGCAGGGGAAACUGGAGGCGGCUGAGACGCUCGAGGAGUUCGCCUCUCACUCGCGCAAACAGGUGCUGGACUUUGUGCACCAGACCCGCGUGGCCGACAUCCUCAACGAGCGCAUGGUGAAGGCCGAGAAGCGGCAAAGCCGCGACGGGGCCCCUCCCCCUCCCUCCGACGUCAUGAAGUACGAGAGCAGCUCCGAGGAGGACUGAACCGUGGGGACACGCCGAGCUGACCGCCUUGUCGCAAAGGAACUUAGGAUUCCUAUAAUUACUGUAUAAUGAUAAUUUGCUAUAAUGAAUCAAUGUUGUUUGUCUUAUUUAUGAAACACGUAUGUAUUGUCCAAAAUGUGAUGCACACGCACGCACACACGCGGUAUCUACUUGGUGAAUGUCGCUGUGACUGCCCGCGUCGCUGCUGUUUUGGUAGAGCUAGUGCUAGCGCUGUAGAGGUGGUGGUGAGUACUGAGUACCUGUGAGUACCUGUGUACCCGAGCUUGAGCUGUGAUGCUGUCGCUGUGGGGUGGGUGACCGAGGCCCCGGGCUCCCAUCCACGACCCUGGGGCGGCACGUGAGGAGUGCCCCGCUGCCCUUUCCCCUUUUUUGCCCUUUGGCAAUGACUGUGCCCACUGCCCCCUAUCCACUGCCUCGUGUGCCAUGCUCCAUCCACUUUUGCCCUAUUCCUCCCAUCCACCGCCCUUUGUUAUCCGUUGACCCUUGCCCCGUCUCCCCUGCCCACUUGCCCUAGACGUGGGCUGCCGCACUGUCCCCGAUCCCCUCCCCCCAAAGCGGUGAUCACAUGGCCGGGACCCACAUCCCCCUUUCCAGUUCCCCGGUCUCCGAGCCAGCCUCCCAUCCUUUUGUCUGCCCGAGCCAAGACUGUCCUCCCACCAACCCCCCUUUGCCAUGCGGGCCAGUGCAGCCUCCGCCGGCCAUCAUAAAACGGCCCCUGCUGUACCGGCUCGAUGCCAUCGUGACACGCAGAAGUGAUACUUGUGCUGCCCUCUCUCCCGAACUUAACCCUUUAGCCAAUCUCCCAGACUGAGCCCCUGUGCCUCCCUGCAGAAGCCCUACGCCUGUAUCGGUUCCCGUGGCCACGGACCGCCCCGUGCGUGCCGCAUGGGGGCCGCGCGCUCUCCCCGUGAAUAAAGAACCGAGCUGAGA